UUAUAUUUUACGAUUUGGAGUAUUAGUAACCAUAGCUGGUUCAUAUCUAUCUAGGAAUUUCUUCGAACAAAAUAAAAACAAAAAGAUGGUAGUAUCAACAGAAGACCACAUGGAUUCAAUAAAUGGUGAUAUUAAAGGGUAUUUCGACAAAAAAAUGGAAGAUUGGACAGUAAAAGUUCGAUCAGGCUCCAGCUUAGUCAGCGUCAAACCAAUAUUUUCGUAUGAUUCAAAAUGCUUAAUUGUGGCUAGUGGACCAAACAUCAAAGUGUACAAUGUGCAAAGCUGUGAAUGUCUUCACAUCUUGAGAUAUCAUCAAGCUAACAUUGUUGGUCUUCAAGAAUACAAAGAUAAUUGCCUGCAGUUCUUAAGCUGUUCUCAAGAUGGCAUUGUAGUACGGUGGGAGAUUGUUGAAGGAACCUUAUUAAAAGUUUACAAGCUAAAAUCACAGUUAGAAGUUGUCAGUUUUUACGCACCCUUUAAUACUUUAACAUGGUUUGUUAAUAGAAGGAUUCCGGAUCCAGAUAGAUACAGGUUAUAUUGCUAUAAGAUGGUUAACAAUAAUCAAUUCAAGUUAGAUAUUCUUUUAUCAAGUGCUCUACCUUCUGAGAAUGCCAUUGCUUUCGGUUCCCAGGGAAAUUUUGUUGCUUCACUUUAUGAAAAUUCUCUAUGUAUCGCCAAACUUGGCACUAAGGAGCCUGAACGGUGUCGACAUCUUACUGGCAAAGUUAAACUUACCUGUGUUGUGAGUCAUCCUAAGGAUGAUGUAGUAGCUACUGGAGAUGAUUUAGGAAGAGUAAUUGUGUGGUCUAAUAUAUUUAGUUCUAAGAAAGUUAUUCGUUCAAUAUAUCAUUGGCAUAGUCUACCUGUUGCUGAUUUAGUUUUUUCCACUGAAGGAUCCUACAUAUACAGUGGCGGUGGUGAAUCAUGCCUUGUAAAAUGGAACUUAUUUAGUGAGGAAAAGUGGGUUCUGCCACGUUUGGGAACACCUAUUCGUUGGGUAAAAGAUUCUCCUGAUAGUAGCCAUGUUGUCGUUUGUCUUGAAGAAAAUACUUUACGUUUAAUUGAUCCCCAAAGAAAUAUAGUGGGGGUAAUUCAAGGUUUAACUAGAGGAUCGUUUCGUGGUGACCCAAGACAAAGUGUAUUAUCGACUGGUUUGCUUUAUGACCCUCAAUCUAAAUCAAUUGUUUUAAAUGGCAAAGCAGGACAUUUACAAUUUUACAAUGUGUUUGAAGACAAGCAUAUGUAUGAGUUAGAUAUUUCCGGUCGAAACUUUAUUUCAAAUGAGCGGGAACACUUAAAUUACAAUGUUGAUAUUUCCAAAGCAGCUGUUGAUGAGAGAGGCCAAUGGUUAGCAACAGUAGAAUAUUGGAGUAAUGGUGAAGUGAAUCCCAUGGUUGAUCUUAAAUUUUGGGAAUUCAACUUGACCAAACAAAUAUUUAUCAUGAACACAAGAGUUGAGUUACCUCAUAAUAAAGAAAUUAACUGUGUUAUAUUUCGGCCUUAUGAUGCUUCUGACACAACACCUAUAGUUAUAACAACAAGUGAAGAUUGUCAUUUCAAGACUUGGGCCCUAAUUGAUGAUACAAGUUUUGAAGGAAAACAGAGCUGGGCUUGUAUAUUAAAAAGCCAUUAUCGUGAACACCUACCCGCUGGUGAUGCCUGUUUCUCUGAAGAUGGUUCAGUACUUGCAAUAGCGGUUAAAAACAUUGCCACUCUAUGGACAGAUAAUGGUACACAAUUAGAAGCUGCUCUUUUCCAAGAAAAUAAUGAAAGACCCAUCAAGCAACUAAAAUUUGGAAAAUAUUCUUGUAAGCAUCUCCUUGUUUGCCAUGAUGGGUUUUCGUUAUACGUUUGGAAUGUUCUAUCCUUAUCUAGUAUGUAUUAAUUUAUGUAUCUAUAAUUUUUGCUAUAAUUGUAAAAAUCAA